CCAACCUCCAGGGCAGGGUGACCCCGUCUGGGCUCUUCAGAGCUCAGGGGAGGAGGUUAAGUAGGAACACCCACUUCCUUCUUUGAGCCUGGCCACCACUUCUCCUGUGUGUGUAUUUACUUCCCUGCACCUCCCGAUGCUGUGUUCUCACUGGUUUCCUGUGGAUACUCUGAGUGACCAUGACUCAGAAAUAGCGACAUCAGCCUGAGAGAUGGGGGAACUGAGCAUGACCCUAUGUUUCGUGGAGGCCCUCCUCAUCCCAGGCUUGUCUGGGAGCUAGUCUCAGUGAGGUCGGUGCCAUUCCCACGAUUUUUCACAGAAUCUUCCAGGCUCCGAUGGCGGAGGGCUGCCCCAGGUAGCAGCGGCCAUGUGGGGGUGACAGUCACCGCGCGAUCCCGGAGUCCGUCCCGGGCCCGGCGGACGUCAGUCGGGAUGGAAGCAGAAGGCUUGGAUUGGCUCUUGGUCCCCUUGCACCAGCUGGUGUCCUGGGGGGCCGCCGGGGCCAUGGUGUUCGGGGGGAUCGUGCCGUAUAUCCCGCAGUACAGGGACAUCCGGAGGACUCAGAAUGCCGAGGGCUUCUCUACCUACGUGUGUCUGGUGCUCCUGGUGGCGAAUAUCUUACGGAUCCUCUUCUGGUUUGGAAGGCAUUUUGAGUCACCGCUCCUCUGGCAGAGCAUAGUCAUGAUCUUGACCAUGUUACUGAUGUUGAAGCUCUGCACCGAAGUCCGCGUGACAAAUGAGCUGAACGUAAAACGCCGUUUCUUUGCAGCUGCAGACAAUCAGGACGAAGAAAGCAGGCCCCACCCCAGGCGGGCCUAUCUGGACUUUGACCCUCACCACUUCUGGCACUGGAGCAGCUUUGGGGACUACGUGCAGUGCGUCCUGGCCUUCACGGGCGUGGCGGGCUACAUCACGUACCUGUCCAUCGACUCGGCCCUGUUUGUGGAGACCCUGGGCUUCCUGGCUGUGCUGACCGAGGCCAUGCUAGGUGUCCCGCAGCUCUACCGCAACUACCGCCACCAGUCCACUGAGGGAAUGAGCAUCAAGAUGGUGCUCAUGUGGACGAGCGGGGACGCCUUCAAGACGGCCUACUUCCUGCUGAACGGCGCGCCCCUGCAGUUCUCCGUGUGCGGCCUGCUGCAGGUGCUGGUGGACCUGGCCAUCCUGGGGCAGGCCUACGCGUUCGCCCGCCACCCCCCGAAGCCGGCCCCCCACGCGGCGCACCCCGCCAGUGCCAAGGCCCUCUGAGGCCGCCGGGGCGGACGGGGACGCGUGGCCUCCAGCCGUAGGCACCGCCGCCUCCCGGCCUCCCUGUCUGGGGCGGGCAGGCACCGGGGCCCAAGAGGGUGUCUCGGCCGCUGGGAUCUCUGUCAGCCCCUGUGGGUCUUGGGGGAAGGGCGGGGGGCGGGGGGCCAGCCCCGGGACGGGCAUGAGUGGGCUUUGCCGCUAGGGGCUGGGCUGUGGCUGUUCUCAAGGCGGCAGAAAAGCAAGUGUUCUCUUCCUUCCUCUCGCACAACACCGGUCUGCGGCCUGAACGUGCUCACAGCGCCAGGAAGGGCAGACGGGGCCGCGACGGGACAGGAAGCCCCUGCGGGUCUGGGCCCGCAGGAGUCGCGGAUGCGCCUGCAGCCGGCCCGGGAGGCCCUUGGGAGGGGUGGGGCGGGGCAGCAAGAAUGAGAAGUGGCACCAGGAGAGCCCAGGGCCCGGCGCACAGAGCCUGGUCUCCGAAGGGCCCGGGUGCAGAGAGUGCGCCUGAUACGUGUGGGAAGGAAGCCACGGGGACGCACGUCACAAGCGUUCUUGAUUAUCUGGCCAGAGGUGGCCUUUUCAGGGCCACCCUCAGUGCCGCUGCCUCAUGGGACUUAGGACUCGGCCUUCUGCUCGGCAGUGAGGCCCAGAGCUGUGCCCCGGGCCCCCUGAGCCUCACUGCUAUGCUGGCCUCCUCCUAGAAGGCACCUGUGUGGACCCUGCCGGGGCUCAGGGGCGUGGGGUGGGGUGCAGGCGGCCUGCGUGCGCUCCCGGGAAAGCCAAGAGCCCACGACCAGGUCCCCCAAGGAGAGCUGCCUUGCGGGGCGUCUCCCCUGUAUUCAGGGGACACAGCCCUUCAUCUUCCAGGACAGGGAGACAGUCCCUGGGUCAGGAGUGGGGACAUGUGCGGCGGGUGCCCCUGCUGCUGUCCAGUCCCACACCCCACAGUCUGAGCUCUCAGGCCUGGAGUGACCUUCCGGGUGGGGGGCCGGGCCAGGCACGCGGUCCGUGGUCCCCACCCACCACCCUCCUGGUCUCCCCGUCCCCUGCACCUGGCUGUGGGCGGGGGGGCGCUGGGCUGACUCUCGUUGCCCUGUAUUUUCCCCCCUCCACUUUCACAUGAGCAUCUCAGCCGUGCCCAGCAGCCCUGGGCAGGCUCCCAGGCCCCCAGAGUCUGAGUGUUCUGGAUGCUUCCACGUGGCUUCCCUUCUGCUGGGUGGAGGGGCAGCUCUGUGCAGUGCUGGCCCGGGCGGUGCCAGAGCUCUAGUGGUGUCUGCCGUUCACAGCCGCUCCCUCCCCCUGAGUUUUCCUCAGAAUCUCCUGUUUGAGUGAGGGUCCUGCCUAGUUACUGCGCUGUAAGAGGACUUGAAAAUGUGUAUUUUAUAAAAAUGAAGGGAGAUGUCUGUAGCAGUAAUUGCCUCCAAAUUAAGACGUCACCGAUGGCAGUGGUGACCGACUGCGCCCAGCUGGGGGAGCGCUCAGUCCUGUCCGUGUGGUGACUGUCCAUCAAUAAACCGCUCGCAGAUCCGGUGUGGCCUCGUGAAUGGAGUCGGGAGUGAGGGCCCAGGACCGAGUGAAGAGGUGGUCCCCCCCACUUCGCCUCGGGGUCUCCGGGGCAGAGUGGAUGCCCCUUCCUUGGGGCACAGCUCUCCCUGUGAGACCCGGGCUGCUGGCUCAGGCGCCCCCUCCCCAGGCAGGCCAGCCCAGACCAGGGACCUGACCACAGAACGCUUCCAAAGGGUGGGAAGUGUCUUGUUUUAAGCCAACAGCUGUGUUUCAAGAAUAAGCAACAGUUCUGUGUGGCAAGUAGGGAUGGAGCUGUUUGUACUGAGCAAUUUUCUUUCUUUUCUUGGAGGCAAUUUACAUUUAGGGGCAAGAUAUUAAAAAAAUAUCAAGAUACACCAGUGAAAAUACAUGGAAGUGAUAUUUUAAGUUUUUGGAUGAGUAACCCCCCCCCCCCCCCCCCGACCUGGACUGCAUGCGUCUGUCUGGAGCUGAUCUGAGGGGGUGACAUCCGUGUGGCCCUUGCUCAGGCAGCAGGCAUCCUCCCAGCAUGGACCCUGGGGUCCACUUACUGACUCAGGACAGAAGUCCUGCUUGGCAGUGGAUUUUUAUUUUCCUUCUGAUAAUGUGUUAAUUCAAAUUAACUUUUAAUUAAAUUAAUGCAUGCAGUAAAAAUUUCAACAGUAAAA